AUGUUCUGCAAUUUUCUCUCUCUCUUUCUGGUUGCACUCGAUCGAACCAUUGUCGCCACCGCCAUCCCUCGCAUCACCGACGAAUUCAACAGUCUGGGCGACAUAGGCUGGUACGGAUCGGCUUACAUGUUGACCGGCGCGGCAUCCCAGUCUCUAUUCGGUCGGAUCUACAAGAUAUACCACACGAAAUGGGUUUUCUUGACCAGCGUCGUGGUCUUUGAGGUCGGAUCGGCGAUCUGUGGUGCUGCCCCCAGCUCCAACGCCCUGAUUGCCGGACGUGCCAUUGCGGGAUUUGCCUCGGCCGCCAUAUUCUCCGGAUGCAUGCUGGUUGUCAUUGGCAUGGUGCCGCUCCAUAAGCGUCCCAUGUUCCAGGGCAUGUUCGCAGCGGUGUUUGGCAUUGCUUCCGUGAUGGGGCCCUUGAUCGGCGGGGGCUUUACCGGUGGCGUAACUUGGAGAUGGUGCUUCUAUCUGAAUCUCCCUAUCGGAGCUGUCAGUCUGGUUCUCAUGGCUCUGGUCUGGCAUCCCUCCACGCCAAAACACGAGCCUGCUCCCAUCCUAAGGCACGCCCAGCGCCUGGAUCCUUUCGGCACACUCUUCUUUCUACCUUGUAUCACCUGUCUUCUCCUCGCUCUCCAGUGGGGAGGGUCGACAUACGCUUGGAAUGAUGGUCGAAUCAUAGGGCUUGUAGUGGUUUUCGGGGUUCUCGCCGUGGGAUUCGCCGUAAUUCAGGUGCUGAUGCCCGAGACAGCCACCAUCCCCGUUCGAGUCAUCAAACGCAUCAGCGUGUUCUGUGCGGCUCUUUUCACCUUCUUUGCCUCGAGUGCCAUGACGAUGAUCCUCUACUAUCUUCCAAUUUGGUUUCAAACCGUUAAACAGGCCAGCCCGGUGAAGUCGGGUGUUUACACGCUGCCGCUGGUGCUGAGCCUGGUGAUCGCCAGUUUUCUAUCUGGCUUCGUCACUCAGAAAACCGGAUAUUAUGUCCCCGUCAUGUACAUCUGCCCUUGCCUUCUAUCGAUCGGACUAGGUUUGAUGUCCACCCUCGACGUUGACACUGGCUCCUCGCACUGGAUCGGAUAUCAAUUCCUCUGCGGCUUUGGAUUAGGACUGGGGAUGCAGAGCUCCGGUCUUGCCGUGCAAACGAUCCUUCCGUCGUCAGAUAUUUCCAUCGGGAUAGCCUUCAUAUUUCUCUGCCAGCAGCUCGGUGGCUGCAUAUUCGCCACGGUCGGUCAGAAUAUUCUCAGCAAUCAUCUGGUGUCCAAGCUAAGCGGCAUCCCGGGAGUAGAUCCUAACCAGAUCGUUCACGAAGGCGCGACGAACCUCGCGUCGGUGGUCUCGUCGGACCAUAUGUUCGUCGUCAAGCAAGCUCUUAAUUCGGCUGCCACCAGGAUCUUUCUGGCUGCCUUGGGUCUGGCUCUAGCGGCAUUGCUCAGCUCGUUGGGUAUGGAGUGGAAGAGCAUCAAGGAGAGCGGUGCUCAGGAUGAAGCUGUCCCGACCGGCGCAACAAAUAGUCAGGUACCCCAAACGCAAACGGGCAAAAGCCCAGGAUAGAUGUGGAGUUCAGGGAAAUUGCAAGAAG